UGGAGCCAGAGCCCAGUGCGGGCUGAGAAGGCGGUGGCUGCAGCAGCAGCGGCGGCGGAAACCCUAGAGUCCGAGUCCGGACUACGAGUGAGUGGCAUCCUAAUCCGGAUCCUAGUCCCGAGCGUGUCUGUGUGCGAGUGGACGGUCCCGGACGCGAUGACCCUGAACGGCGGCGGCAGCAGAGCGGGCGGGAGCCGCGGCGGGGGCCAGGAGCGCGAGCGCCGUCGGGGCAGCACACCCUGGGGCCCCGCCCCACCGCUCCACCGCCGCAGCAUGCCGGUUGACGAGCGCGACCUGCAGGCGGCGCUGGCCCCGGGUGCCCUGGCGGCGGCGGCGGCCGCGGCCGGGACGGGGACCCAGGGUCCCAGGCUGGACUGGCCGGAGGACUCCGAGGACUCGCUCAGCUCAGGGGGCAGCGACUCAGACGAGAGCGUUUACAAGGUGCUGCUGCUGGGGGCGCCCGGCGUGGGCAAGAGCGCCCUGGCGCGCAUCUUCGGCGGUGUGGAGGACGGGCCUGAAGCAGAGGCAGCAGGGCACACCUAUGAUCGCUCCAUUGUAGUGGACGGAGAAGAGGCAUCACUCAUGGUCUACGACAUUUGGGAGCAGGACGGGGGCCGCUGGUUGCCCGGCCACUGCAUGGCCAUGGGGGAUGCCUAUGUCAUCGUGUACUCAGUGACGGACAAGGGCAGCUUCGAGAAGGCCUCAGAACUGCGCGUCCAGCUGCGGCGUGCACGGCAAACAGAUGAUGUGCCCAUCAUCCUUGUGGGCAACAAGAGUGACCUGGUGCGCUCUCGUGAGGUCUCGGUGGAUGAGGGCCGGGCCUGCGCGGUGGUGUUUGACUGCAAGUUCAUUGAGACAUCAGCGGCAUUGCACCACAAUGUCCAGGCGCUGUUUGAAGGUGUCGUGCGCCAGAUACGCCUGCGCAGGGACAGCAAAGAAGCCAACGCGCGACGGCAAGCAGGCACCCGGAGGCGAGAGAGCCUUGGCAAAAAGGCGAAGCGCUUCUUGGGCCGCAUCGUAGCUCGUAACAGCCGCAAGAUGGCCUUUCGCGCCAAGUCCAAGUCCUGCCACGACCUUUCGGUUCUCUAGGUCCCACCCGCUCCCACUAUGGUGGGAGACGAACGGAAGGGUUGGUGGGCUGGCCCAGCCAACUGCCCCAGGUGCCUCAGAGCAGGCUCAGACUCUGGGUCCCUCGGAGCUGCCAGCCGCACCCCAAACCUCAUGGUCAUGGACAGAUAGACAGUGCUGCCCUGCGAGGUGGCUCCCAGAGGCCAGUGAGGGCUGGGCCCACAGAGAUGCAUGCGCAGGCUCAUAUGCGUCCCAAGCAGCCGCAGCGCAGCCGCCGGGCAGGCCUGCGUGCCGGGAGAGAGGACUCCUGCCUUUUUUCACAGCCCGGGUGUGCCUGCCCUGGAGGGAGGCUGUUCAGUGCGGUGGCUAUUUGUUUACAUGCAGAUUUUUGUAAUAAAGGCUAUUUCCUGAUA